CAAUAUCGUCAAUUUUAUCUUCUGUUGGGGCAUGAACAUCCAGGACAACAUCACACCAGCGACAUCUUAGUAUUAUGUACAACAUCCUAUCUCUAACAAACUCUACUGUCAGUAACAAAUCAGAAUUUGACUCAGGAGGAAAUUAAGUAGACAAAGAAUUCAGUUAAUGCUUGCUACCGUUAUAUCUAGAAACUUUCUUCUUGUCUGUCUUAAAAACGUAAAAAUUAGAAUAUACAAAACUAUAAUUUUGCCUGCGGUUCUGAAUGGGCAUGAAAUUUGCUCUCUGACAUUAAGAGAGGAACACACACCAAGAAUGUUUGGACCAAAGAUGGAGUGGAGAAAACUGCAUGAGGAGCUUCAUAACUUGUACUCUUUGCCAAGGGUAAUUACAAUGCUCAAAUAUGUGAGAUGGGCUAGACAUGUAACAUGCACAUGCUGAAGAGGAAUACAUGUAGGAUUUUUACGGGUAUACUAGAAAGGAGACCAGUAGAACGACCUAGAUGGUGGGAUAGAAUUGGGUGGUAUGAACUGCACUGAGCUGGCUCAAGAUAGGGAUCAGUGAAACACUAUUGUGAAUAUAGCAAUGAACCGUCGAGUUUCAUGGGAUGUUCGGAAAUUCUUGAGUAGCUGGGCAACUGGCGGCUUCUCAUGGGCUUACGCCAUUUAAUUCCUAAAUCCAUAUACGCAAAUAAUAAAGCACCAGUGCCAGUACACAACUUCUCUUGGCGAUCAAGCAAGACUUCGCACUCCAUUUCCUGCACUUUUACUGUCGAAACAAAUACUUCAGCCUGUGUCAAUAUACACUGCUUGUUUAUGCGCAAUGUACGUUCAUGCUCAUGAACAUAUUAUGGCGGCUUAGGGUUUUAAGAACAUAACACUUUUGUCGGCAAGGCCGCUAAAUGUUCCCAGCAAUAUGCACCAUAUAUUUAAUAUAUAUAUAUAUGUUCCUAUAUUUAAUUGAAGAGCUAUUAACUAUGAAACCUGACUUUAAAACACUCCCAUUUGUUUUUGUGUGCACAACUACCGUCAUAAACCUCCAUGAAGUGCAUUAUGGGAGUAAAAUUCUAUUAAUUUCUAACAUGGCAGUGUUGUAAGUGGAUUUACGGCCUGUGAAAUUGAAAUAUUAUUGAGUCUUUUUUUGCAUUUAAUGCAGCUGCAUAACUCCAUAAUGCAUGAGUUUCAGUACGGUAGUUAUUAAUCUAAUCGCGUUCGCCACUACUUUAAGGAUAUUCAUGUUUAACCAACUCAAACCAGACAGUUCGCUGUUGCGUGAACGUAUGGCACACUCUGGUUAAGAUAACGACGAUCAUGGGAGAGUAUCGAAAGUCGAAAGUGCUGUUUUUACUUUGUGGCUCAGAGGAGUGGGAACUCUGUUAUAUGUGCACCGAUGGACUGAAGCGUACGUAAGAUAUAAUAUGCUGUAUGUUGAAUAUACGUGUAGUCUAAGUUUUAGGACUAUAUGUAACAUACCAGUCGGGAUGGUGUUAUGUCAUGAACACACCUCAUUUGAAGUACUUAUCAGUCAUUUUAACAGUAAACACUUCUGUUUCGUUCCUGGGUGUCGGCCACAAAUUCCCAAGACACAGCCGUUUACUCGUGUAGAAUGUAAUUACUGAAUUUGCACUGUCGUGGUAGUGUGGAAGAGUGAUUGGUAGGCAUUUCCAUUAAUAAUCAUCGUCUUUCAGCUCAUUAUUAUUGUUUAAAAGGCAGUAGAUGUAAUAAACUUGAGCUGAAAGCAUCAAAACUGCCGUCUCAAGUGUGCCAUUGUUUAGUUAUGUACAUCAAGAAAGAGCCAGGAAAUAUGGAAGCAACAUUUCAGCCUCCACCUGUGGUCUCCAGUGUUGGACUGGAUGGACAACAAAGUCCUCGCUCAGUGUGUUUUGUGUGUGGAAAUGUGGGACAUCCCGAUCAGUACUGGUUACGAGUAAAGCCAAGCUCAAGUACCUCUGGAGGACCCAGUGAAGCGUACUUCCCAUUUCUGGAAUCCCAUGAACCACCAGCUUGUUACAGACUGGAUACUGAUUCUGCACCAACAGCUGUACGAGCAUGUUACCUGUGUUACUCCCUCCUCAUGCAGCAGUGGGACUGCUAUGAACGUGAUGCUACACCUCAUCCUAGACGUCUUUACUGGCUGAAGAGGUGUGACAAUGGUCCCUUCACGGGUGCAGAAAUGGUUCUACAGGGUGAAUAUGCUGCUCAAGUUCUAGGUUUGAAUGCUGCUGACAGCACCCAUAGAGAACCUGUAGGAAGACCUCUUUCACGUGAUGAUGCUGUCAGUCGUCCAGGUAUAUCCCCACGACUGCCAACAUCAGCUCCUGCUCCUCCAUUAUCUACUGCUGCGAUGAGCAUUGAUGAUUCACAUGGCUCAGAAGCAGCACUGGAUCUACGCCAUGGUGGCUCUAGGGAGUCCCCAGCACCUACGUCUGCAGGUGGUUAUGCGGCAAGUGGUAGUGGUAGCAGUGUGACAGGUGCAGAUAUUUUAGAUCUGAGUAUGCCAGACAAGAAUUCAGCCACAGAAGUGUGCUAUGUCUGUGGUGACGAAUAUAAACGGGGCUCACUAAGUCAUAUUGCAGCCAAGCCUCUUCCCUCCACUCAGUCUCUUUCGUCUUCUCCGCCACCUUUCUUUCCAUCUCUUAUGCUGCAUCCACGGCCGGGGCGAUCACGUCCCAUGGAUUCAGCUGGACGGGUUCAGGCAUGCAAAGCAUGUCAGCGUCAUCUGUUACAACAGUGGCAUGUAUAUGCAGCACAGGGAGUUCCUCAUUCAGAACGUAAUUAUGCUUUAAGAAAGAGGCCAGCUCCUGCCCUUGAUACCACAACAUUCAUUUGCUACACGUGUGCUCUCGAGUAUCCUUCAUCUUCAAUUCGGUUGCUCUACUGCUGCCCAAAUUCAGAAAAGGAACCUUAUUUCCCAAACAUUGGCACACUGCAGCGCCCACCAGGGGCUCUUCCUAUCUCCCCCCAAGGAGUAGUCCAGGUUUGUUCUAUUUGCUUCAAAACAAUACCUCAGAAACAUCAAGUGUUUAGUGGAGGUGGGACCUAUAAUAAUCCAGUAGAAGACAGUGAAGUAGGUCGGAAGCAGGGUCUCUCCCCUCGCCCUGCAGCUGUUAAAUCACCAGCUAGUGCAAGUGGAAGUGAUAUACGAUUCAAGCCAUAUGAAUUGGGUGCCAGCAGUAAAAAUCCAGGUGCUGCUGUAGUUCCCCUCUCAACAGCAAAGCGAAAAAUAUCCACUGGAGGUCCAGGAGAUGCAGCAUCGGUGCGUAGCAGUAGUGCUGGAAAUGUAACUUCUGCAUCUCCUGGACCUGUAAUGCCUGAACAGAAUGGUAGUGGGCAGCAAACCAUGGCAACAACCAAUUCAAGUAACAGCAACCUGCAGAAUUACCGCUGCUAUAUCUGUGCAGGUCUCUUCCCAAGAUCCCAUAUGAAGUGGUUAUCAACAAGUCCAGAAGGAAUGAACUCCCAUGCCAUGCACUUUCCAUGCUUGCGCAACAUUGCCUGUACCUCAGAAAACGCUUGUGUGGAUUCUCAUGGGCGUAUUUUAGCAUGUUCCCGGUGUGUCAGCCAUCUUGCCCAACAGUGGGAGAGCCUUGAAGCUGAUCGAGUUCCUUUAGAACGUAGAAGGUAUGAUGUCCCAAGUCCAAGUGUUGGAGGUUCUUCGGUGGUAGUAUCCAGUUGGAAUGGAGAUUCAUCGCAAGUGGCGGUGGCUAGAUCAGUAACACCUCCAAAUGUAGCUUCAGAACGUUCAGCUACAGGCAGUUCGAUCUACUGUUUUCUCUGUGGACUUCAUUCUGAUUUGACAUUAGCUCGUGUGCUUUAUGGAAGACCACAGGGUCGGAAUGCACCUUUCUUCCCUGCGUUAUUGGGACAUGUAUCACCUGCCAAUGCAGAACAGCUUCGGGAAGAUGGUUCAGCUCUGGUUUGCACUUUCUGCUAUCACUCAUUGCUGGCUCAGUGGCGACAUUAUGAGCAGCUUCAAGGAAGUGGGUCUACUACACCAGCUGACAAACGAGAGUAUAACACUCAUGACUACUGCUGUUAUGUGUGUGGUAUUACAACAUACAGAAUACGUGUCCGUGCACUACCUGUCAAGGACUUUCCAUUUCUACGGUAUCAUCGUCAGCCAGAACAUAGCUUGUUGCUGGAGAAUGGGGACUUUGCAGUAGUAUGCCUGGAUUGUUAUGAGACGUUACGCACACAGUCACUGGAGUAUGAACGCUGGGGGCUACCUAUUGAGAAGCGAGAAUAUAACUGGAUUACUCAGCCACCUCCUCCAGAAGACUCGCCAGAAGCAACAGUAGCAAGAUUACCAUCUGGAGAACGUUCAGAAAAAUUGGUGCCUCCAAUCAUGACAAUUCGUCCUUCCCGUAAGAACUGUUCCCCCAAAAUUACUGCUGAUGUCAAGAAGCAAGCAUCACCACUCAUGAACAAGGCACAGCAGUCACCAGCAAAUAGUGGUGAAAAGGUGGAGCAAG